AUGGCAGAGAAGCUAGGCAUUGCUGGAGCCUUGCAGCGCCCUACUACUUCAAUCAUGUUUGGAGAUGCAACUUCUAAGUCUCCUCUUGGAGUGUUCAAGAACUAUCACUUGAAAAUUGGAGAAUGCAUCAUCCAAACUGAUCUCACUGUGAUGGAAAUGGAAGAAGAGAAGGAUCUACCUCUGUUAUUGGGAACCCCAUUCCUUAGUACAGUUGGCGCUUCAAUAGACUUUCACAAGCAAGAAGUGAUCCUUCACAAGGUGAAUAGUUUGGUGUCAUAUCGCUUGCAGCCUAGAGGUUCAGACUUUUGUGCCACAAUUGACAGUACCACUCUCAGUUCUAAGAGUCAUGGAGCUACAAAGGUUGUGAAGGAAAGGGUUGACAAAGAACCAAGAGUUGGGAAGGAUAAGGAUGAGAGAGGACCAAGGAUUGAGAAGCCACGUCUUGAGAGGGCUAGAGUUGAGAAACCACGUUCUGAUAGACCACGAGCUGAUAGACUUGUUCAAGCCCCUUGUGUGCUUGAUGAAGAAAGCCUUCAAGCUUUGUUUGAUGAGCCACUAGGAAGGGCUCUAAAAGAAGGGGAGGAUGUAGCCUCUAAGGCAAGACCAGGGAUAAAAGAAAGAUCCACCAGCUCAGGCCCCUUCAUCAAGCCAUCUCAGCUCACAAUGACUUUGUUCCCCACCAAGUUUGAAAAUGGGAAGAUUGAGUACAAGAUAAGGUACAAGGGGAGAUCAAGGCCAUUCUCUAGAGCCAAGGCCUUGGUGACUUCAGAACAGUCCAGGGACCCAACCAAGCUAAAGGAGCUUCUGUCUCAAGUCCUCACUAUCACCCUUGAUGGUGGGACUAGCUCAACCAAUGCCUAA